AUGGCGGAGGCAGCGGUAGCAUCUACAGCGGCUCCAGCAGUAACUGGAGGCUGGACUAAGCACGUAACCUGCAGGUAUUUCAUGCAUGGGCUUUGCAAAGAAGGCAACAAUUGUCGAUAUUCUCAUGACCUCACCACCAGCAAGCCAGCUAUGAUUUGUAGGUUCUUUCAGAAAGGCUACUGUGCGUUCGGGGACCGGUGCAGAUAUGAACACAUCAAACCAACCAAGCAAGAGGAACUGCCCGGCCCCAAGCCAUCGAUGCCGCUGUCUGCUGCCCCCCUGGUUGGCACUUCUAACCUUGUGCCCAGUGGACCAGGUGACACAACCGGCUCCCAGGAGAAACCCCAUGGCUCAGCGGGUGUGGACUGGGUUAACGCUGCCGAGUUUGUGCCAGGGCAACCCUACUGCGGGAGGGCAGAGCCAGUGCUGUUUGAGGGGCCUGGACCACUCAUAGAAGAGGAGUAUGAGAAGGAACAGGCUGACAAGGAGCUGAAGAAGCAGCUUUGUCCAUAUGCUGCCGUGGGCGAGUGUCGCUAUGGCCUAAACUGUGCCUAUCUCCAUGGCGACGUCUGCGACAUGUGUGGCCUGCAGGUGCUCCAUCCCUCUGACAGCUCCCAACGCUCACUACACAUCAAGGCUUGCAUUGAGGCUCAUGAGAAGGACAUGGAGAUCUCAUUUGCCAUUCAGCGUAGUAAAGACAUGAUGUGUGGCGUGUGCAUGGAGGUGGUGUUUGAGAAAGCCAACCCCAGCGAACGGCGCUUUGGAAUUCUCUCCAACUGCAGCCACUGCUACUGCCUCAAGUGCAUCCGCAAAUGGAGGAGUGCCAAGCAGUUUGAGAGCAAGAUCAUAAAGUCCUGUCCAGAGUGUCGAAUCACUUCCAAUUUUGUAAUCCCAAGUGAAUACUGGGUGGACGACAAGGAGGAAAAGCAAAAACUCAUUCAGAAGUAUAAGGAUGGCAUGGGGAGCAAACCAUGUCGAUAUUUUGAUGAGGGCCGCGGGACCUGUCCAUUUGGAGCGAACUGCUUCUACAAACAUGCCUUCCCCGAUGGGCGUCUGGAGGAGCCUCAACCACAGCGACGACAAACUGGGUCUAACAGCAGGAACCGGAAUACAGGGCGGACACCGCUCUGGGACAUCUUGGAUGAGCGGGAGAGCAGCGACUCUUUUGACAACGAGGAUGAGGAGAUGGUUGCGUUCGAGCUGAGUGAGAUGCUCCUCAUGCUGCUGGCCGCUGGGACCGACGAAGACGUCACAGAUUCAGAGGACGAGUGGGACUUGUUUCACGAAGAACUGGACGAUUACUACGAGCUUUACCUAUAG